UACUUUGGUAUCAUUUAAUAGCUAACUCAUUGUUAUCUAACGAUUUCACUGACAAAUAUUGUCCAAUGGCGUCAUUUGUCAUUUUAUGGUCUAUUAUCUUCUUGGCAAAUCUAAAAAUUAAUUCUGGGUUAAAAUGUUAUAAUUGCACCUCAUAUGAUCCAUUAAGUGAUUGUGUGAUUCAUGAUGGUCCUCUAGUUGAUUGUUCAACCAAAUAUUGUAUGCUUAAUCGCAUUGAAGCUGAUGAUGGAAGUGAAGGAUUUUAUUUUAUUCGUUCAUGUACUAGUGUCAUCCAGCCACCAAGUAUAGUUAAUAAUUCUAAUACUUAUGGAUUAAAAUAUUAUUUCCAAUAUUGUUCUACUAAUCGAUGUAAUCGUGGAAAUGGUACAACUUCAAAACUUCCACCACAAAUUCUAGUUGUAAAUGGAAAAGAUAAUUCUGCAGCUGGAUAUUUAUCUGUUAAUAUUUUUUUAUUAAGUAUUUUAACACUUUAUCAUCUGAUGUUGCUAUAAAAAAAAAAUAAUUAUACUAUAAAAUGACGUAAAGAUAAGAAAUUUAUUUAAUUUGAGGUUAGAAAAAAUAUAAAUACUUGUUAAUAA